AUGGGUCGUGGGACGGUCACCAGGCAACGGCUCUUAUGCUUUAUUACCAUCCCCAAACACUUUUUGGCCCAAUUCAAUGGGCGGGGUGUGUCAAGAUACGUUGAUGCUGGGCCCGAGCGUGAUGGUCGAAAGGCACGCAGGCAGACCUGGGCUGAGGGGCUGUCGGAGGGUGCGGAAAGUGAUACGGCCACGCCAACAGCAACCUCAUCACCUACUGCGCCGCAUUCCAGCGCGGCGAUACCUACUUACUCUCAACCGCCCUCCAGUGCUCUGACGAACGAGGAGCAGGUGGGUGAUUCGUGCUUGGGCACCCUACGCCAACCAACCUUUCCCAGAUGGCUGGACGGAUCCGAUGGCCAGCCAUACUCGAACGCACCCUGGGGUGACCGGACCACUCUCAACUCAGAUGCCACAAUCGAAGCAGACGUGCCAACCACGAACGUCACCCGAAAAUACGACUUCACCGUGCACCGAAGUCGACUAAGCCCCGACGGCGUCCUUCGGGACGUCAUCCUCGUCAACGACCAAUUCCCCGGCCCGGCAAUCGAAGCCAACUGGGGCGACUGGAUCGAAGUCACGGUCCACAAUGACAUCUCCCUCCCCGAAGAGGGCCACGCGAUGCACUGGCAUGGCAUGCUGCAGCGGGGUUCGCAGUGGGAAGAUGGCGUGCCGUCGGUUAGCCAGUGUCCGAUUGCGCCUGGUCAUUCAUACAGUUAUAGGUUCCGGGCAGAGGUGUAUGGGACGUCGUUUUGGCAUGCGCAUUAUAGUGCGCAGUAUACGGCUGGGGUUGUUGGGCCGAUGGUUGUGUAUGGGCCGUCGGAGAGCGAGUAUGAUGUUGAUCUUGGGCCGGUAAUGUUGAGUGAUUGGAAUCACAUCCCAUACUUCUCGAUGGUGGACAACGUGGUCAGCGCCGGCGGUCUCGCUGAUGGCUCAAUCCCGCCGCUAAGCGAUAGCGGCCUCAUCAAUGGAAGGGGACAGUUUGACUGCUCACAGCCAUCUUACUCAAAUAGCACGGAUUGGCUGGGAAGCAAUCUGAGCUCUAACCUCACUUGGACUUGCGUCGACGGCGCGGAGAGGUCGAAGUUCCAGUUCCAGAGUGGAAAGACUCAUCGACUGCGAUUGAUGAAUACUGGCGCUGAUGGCGUUCAAAAGUUCUCGAUAGAUGGCCAUACAAUGACGGUCAUCGCGACUGACUACGUUCCUAUCGUACCAUACACGACAGACAUUGUGACGCUCGGCGUCGGUCAGCGCACCGAUGUCCUUGUUACUGCAGACCAGGACUCUGCAUCAGCAUGGUGGAUGCGGACCACUCUUCCCGGACAAGCUUCUUGUGGCGGCCUGGGAACACCUUCACCCACAAACGGAAGCUACCCGCAGGUCCUCGCAGCCAUCUACUACGACUCCGCCGACACCACCCUCGAACCCCUCUCCAGCUCCAACAUCACCGACAUAUCCUGCUCCAACCAACCCCUCGACAUAACCCAGCCCGCCUACCCCAUCGCACCCUCGCCCAAUGCAUACUACCAAGAGGUGAUCAUUGGCAUCACCCUCAACGAAACCGGCUCCUUCAACUUCCUCAUCAACAACCAGACCUUCCGCGCCAAUUUCAACGAACCCCUACUCUACCAAGCCGCUGCAGGCAACACCUCCUUCCCCGAAGAGCCGCAAUGGAACGUCUACGACUUCGGCUCCAACGCCAGCAUCGUCCUCAACGUCACGAACGAAACUCCCUUCUACCACCCUUUCCACCUGCACGGGCAUACCUUCUUCGUCCUGCACGUAGGCGAAGGUACCGGCCCACCUCUAACAGGUGGUCCACCGCCAGGUGUCACCGGCCCUCCCACCGGCGCUCCACCAGCCGGCGGCGGCCCUCCGUUCCCAGCAGCAACAACAUGGGACGGCAGCAUCAUCAACCCCACCAACCCCAUGCGUCGAGACGUACAAAUAAUUCCAGCCGGCGGCUACGCCGCGAUCCAAUUCGAAGCCACACCCGGCGUCUGGCCGUUCCACUGCCAUUCGGCAUGGCAUUUAUCCGGCGGGCUGGGCAUGAAUCUGAUCACGCGGGCGAGUGAGAUUGAUGGGAUCCCGGAUGGGACGAGGGGAGGGACGUGUAAGGGUUGGGAUGAGUAUUCGGCGGGGGUUGUGGUGGAUCAGAUUGAUUCUGGGUCUUGA